ACCGACCUUAUACCUUCUGACUUGGUUACCAUAUUAUAAAAUCAGUUCAAUCUUACAUGGGUACAACUCAGAUAGAUGCCCCAUCAAGUGAAUCUUGGGUUACUCUUCUUACCAAAAAUAAUAAAAUAGCAAUUAAAAUUCAAUAAUUGAUUCUGAAUGCAAAAUUUAUUAUUGAUUGUGAAGGCUAGUAUUCUGACUUUUAAUAAAGGGUCCAACAUCCUAUAUUAUAAAUACAUUGCAUUUCCAUGGAUUCCUAAAGCAUAAAGUAAUCCAGAGAGUUGACAAUGGGCUCCUGUAUAUCCACUGCAUCUUCUGAGAUUCAUUCAGUUCAUCAUGGCCAUGAAAAUGUGGCUUACUAUGAAAAUUCUGACUAUGCAAAUGAUUCCCAGGUGAGAAUUGGUUCCAUUCAUUCUCAUCAAGGUAGCAAAGGAUUAAAUCAGGAUGCUGCAAUUCUGUACCAGGGCUAUGGAAUGGAAGAUGGAGCAUUUGGUGGAGUGUUUGAUGGACAUGGAUAUAAUGGUCACACAGUGAGCAAGUUGGUGAGGAACAGGUUGCCAUCAUUGCUCCUGAAUCAGAUGAAUGCCAUGGUGAAAUUCAUCAGCUCUCCAAAAUAUAAUGAGAAAGCUGAUGGUGGUGAUCAGGCUCAGUUCAACAAGAAGUUCAACAAAUGGAAGGAUGCUUUUUUGACUUCCUUCAAGGUGAUGGACAAAGAAAUCAAACUUCUUGAGAAUCUGGAUUGCUCUUGCAGUGGAACAACCGCGGUUGUAGCUGUCAGACAGGGUGAGUACCUUAUUGUUGGGAAUCUUGGAGACUCAAGAGCAGUUCUUGGGACAAAGUCUGAGGAUGGAAUUGUUCCAGUUCAAUUGACUACGGAUCUCAAGCCUGGUUUACCUACGGAAGCAGAUCGAAUUAGGAAGUGCAAUGGCCGAGUACUCGCAUUGAAAGAAGAACCACAUAUCGAUCGUGUUUGGCUACCACAUGAUGACUCUCCAGGCCUAGCCAUGUCGCGAGCUUUUGGGGACUUUGUGCUUAAAAACCAUGGUGUCAUUGCCAUCCCUGAGGUCUCAUGUCACCAGCUUUCUGAGAAUGACCUGUUUCUUGUUCUGGCAUCCGACGGGGUAUGGGAUGUUCUUUCUAACGAUCAAGUGACUUCCAUAGUUUCCUCGACAGCAACUGAAGAAGCCGCGGCAAAAGCAGUUGUCGAUGCUUCAGUUGCUGCCUGGAAACAGAAGUUCCCCAACUCAAAGAGAGACGACUGCACUGUUGUUUGCCUCUUCUUGAAGAAGCAGCAGCCAAGUAUUUUAACCUGAAUACAAGGACAACGACGAUGCAGUCCAUGAAAUCUAUCGGUCAGGCAAGAAGGCAGAAAACAGGAUCAAGAUGAGCUUUUCCGAAAACCAGCUUCAACAAUGCCCAGGCAGUCUGCUUUUUUGUGUACAAAGUGGAGCAGGAGCAAAUCUGCCUGAAUGUUUCACCGCUUUGAUGUUUGGAUUAGAACUGGAAAGAAUGUUUAAAACUGCCAAUUUUGUUAGGGCAGCACACAUCAGACAAACGCCUGUUAAAUGGCGCUGGUCUUAUGGAUUUUGGGAGUGAAUCAGUGAUAAUUUGAUUUCAAGAUUCUGUCAAUAAUUAAUUUUUUUGCACUUUGUAGAUUCUUUUCAGUUAUCAUUCAGUUGUUUUUUCUAGCACAUAGUAGAAGCAGAAAUGAAAUAAUCAUUAAAAUCUCUUCUCUUUUCCAAAUAUAUACAGUAUUCUCGCGUACAAAACUGUUUUGGCUUCUUCCCAUUAUUGCAUCGUGAUGAUAAGCCUAUCAAUCCUCCAAUUUCAUCACUCUUCAAACCCUUGAUUAUAGGGACACUUAAGCCAUAAAUUAAGUUAAUUCAUCUCCAAUCAAAUCAUCAUAUGCAACUGGAAUCCGCAGUCUUUCUUUAACUGAUACUUGUUUCUUCUCAUCAUUUGAUCCUUCAAGAUGCUUCUGCACUUCAGAAUAUUCUUGUAAUCCAUCUGGAGGUCCAGCGGUAUAUUGACUUUUCAGAGAUGAGGAGACUGUGUUGCGGAUAGGCUCUUGCAUGAUGCUCUGCGGCUUGAAUUGCUUCUGCAAAAUGUUUGGUAAUAAAAAACAUUAAGAUGGGUCUAUCGAUAUAAACAGUGAAAAUUACUACUCAUUACAAAGAAAAAUCACAGUGAAUGUAGAUUGAGUCAUUGCUUUCUGACUUUGUAUGAAGAAAGCAAGAGUCUUUAAGGGACAGGCAUUAGAAAGGAACUUGAAAAUUACUGGACCAAAACGUCUACGUACAACUCAAUCAAUCCACAAAUCAUUGCAACUAAAUCUCUUAAUUAGACUUCUCUGUCCAAUUGAAUCCACCACUACAGAAAUAAUAUGCAUGGGAAAAUGAGAACACCAGAAUAUGCUAACUGACAAACAAACUUACAAAAAUGAGCACAAAGCUUAACUAAAGAUAGGAUGAAAAGAGAUGAGCAGACAAAAAGGGUGGAAACUGAUGAAUUUGUCAGGGACAACAUAGUUCAAAUGGUAGACCAAAUUACAUAUCUCAAUGGUUUCUGCAGGGAAAAAAGUAAGCUAGCAGGCCAUCUUAAGCUUCUCACGAGAGUGUAUUUCCACCAUUACUUCUUCAAGAAUCAAGAGUAAAACUUUCUCAUGAAAUUUGUAGUCUGGUAGCAAAUAUAGGCACCAUGCAAGCAUCCAUACAUACAUAUGGCCAAGCUCAAACAACAAUAUGACAUCCAAGCAACACAAAUUAGAGUAAAGAUAAAAACAAAGAAGUUUCUGACACUAAAAUUAGCAAAAAAAGUGUCACAGCAAACCUCAAAUUCCUUUCCUCUUCUCAUUAUCUCCUUGUAAGCAUUAGGAUCACGAACUUUGAGGAUGUUCCACAAUAUACCACCUCCAGUUCGGAAGCGCCUUCCAUCUGCAGUUUGUUGACCACCACAGGCCUGAAUUGCAUCAACCUGCAUAUUGAUGUGCUUUAAUAUAGUUAGUUUCAAUGAACUAGCAGAAUGAGCUGGAAGAAUAUAUCACAAGGAAUCCAAAAUAAUGGCCUUGGCCUUAAAAUAUCUCUUGGAUAGGCUUAUUAUAUAUGAGUAUAAUUAGCUAUAAUGCCAUCAGAUAAUCUAACAGUGGUACUCGCAGAUCUCAAUAUCAAUUUCAACAACGUAAAUUAUAUCCAUUCUUACACUAUAAACCACAUUUUCCAACUCCAAAUUGAGAAUGAUGAAAGAGAAAAAGAAAGGAGGGCAUGCGGGCACUGCAACUAGUCCUACAAAAAAAGAAAAAAUACUACGAAAAACAUGAAAUUUAUUUCAAUCCAUCACUUUUUAAAAAUAAUUAUAUGGAAAACAUGAAAUUUAUUUCAAUCCAUUACUUUUUAAAAAUAAUUAUAUGGACCACAGCCCUUAGUAAUCAUAGGAGAACACGAGGAAUCUGCCCAAUGUCAAUUGCACGGUUGACACAAACAUUAGUUUAACCAUUCACCUGAAAAUAAUUCUUCCCUGAACACUCAUGACAAACUUCUAGAGCACCAUAUGAGAGGAGAAGACCAAUAAGUUUGACUCGUUGAUGAAGUAUUUUUAAACUUUAUUCAGCUCUCUCUUGUUCUAGCUUCUUUUUACCUUGAUACUGUACUUUAUUUUUCCCCAAGCAGGUCAAGUGGGGACACUAACCUUGUGUGCGUUGUAAUGCAACAGAAGACAUUAUAGAAAAGCAGCAGAUUGUUUUGUCAUUGAGUCAGAAAAAUUGCUAUGGUUUGAUGGUGUAUGUCAUCCCUUCUUCUGGUAUACUUACUUAGACAUUGUGUAUGUUGUAAUGCAACAGAAGACAUUAUAGAAAAGCAGCAGAUAAUUUGUCAUUGAGUCAGAAAAAUUGCUACCAUUUGAUGGUGUAUGGCAUCCCUUAUUCUGGUAGACUUAGACCUAGAGAACAUCACUACCUUUUAACAUUUACAAGUAACAAGUAACAAUUACAUAUAUCCUAUCAGGUGAUGAGAUUCAGUAAGUGAAACA